AUGGCUGAGGAGAAGCCGCUUAGCGAGUACACACCACGAGCGAACUUGACCAUUUUGGGGUCUUUUACAGGUCUUUUCUGCACAGUGGGCUUCUUGAACUCGUUUGGUAUUUUUGAAGAGUACUACGCGAAGAAUCAGCUUGCGGACAAGUCUGAAUCAACAAUCGCAUGGCUCGGGGCUCUCAGUAUCUUCUUUGUCUUCUCCGUGUCCGUAGUGUCCGGCCCUCUUCUUGACGCCUUCGGACCAAGGCUAUUACUCUACGUAGGCUCGUCCGGGACUGUAUUCUCAAUUAUGAUGACCUCGCUCUGCAAGGAAUUCUACCAGUUUAUUCUUGCGCAAGGUAUCUUGCUCGGUGUGUCGCUGGCACUUUUGGUGUGCCCCAUGCUUGCUCUCGUCGGUCAGUAUAUCAAGGUCAAGCGUGGAGCCGCUAUGGGGAUCGUCAUUGCAGGUUCAUCCCUAGGCGGUGUUACCUGGCCCAUUGUCAUUAACGAGCUUUUGAAAAAGCCCAAGAUUCGAUUUGAAUGGACGAUGCGCAUCGUUGGAUUCAUUAUGAUGCCCCUUCUUGCCAUUUCAUGUCUCUGUUGUCGGCCUCCUAAGGCUCCAGCAACCACGAAGACGCUGCCAGAGAGACCAGAGGCCAACAAGGGUGUGAUGCCAGAGCAGGAACCUGCCAAUACUCCCAAAGCAGGAUUUUCGAUCUUGAGAGAGCCCAGGAUGCAGGUGACUUGCCUGGCAUUUUUCAUCACUUAUUUCGGAAUGUUUUCCCCUUUCUUCUUCACUACAUCCUAUGCCGUGGCACAGGGCUUCUCCGCCGACUUGUCAUUCUACACAAUCUCCAUUAUUAACGGAGCGUCCUUCUUCGGCCGCAUUAUUCCAGGCAUCCUUGCGGAUCGAUACGGUCGGUUCAACACCUGCAUUCUCGCGACACUGUUAUCCGGUGUCAUCGCAUUAUGCUGGACAACUGCCACGUCCGUUGCAGGCUUGGUAGUUUGGUCGGCAGCGUAUGGAUUCACGUCUGGAGCUAUUCUCUCCCUCCAACAAGCCUGCGCAGCCCAAAUCGCAACACCGGGGACCUUGGGCUUAUCUAUUGGUGCUGUUAUGGCGUCUACAUCUCUUUCCGCAAUGGCGGGUAUCCCUAUCAGUGGCGAACUGGCUGGCAAAUACGGAUAUCUUUCGCUUUCUAUCUACUCCGGUGUCAGUCUCUUAGCCGGUACGCUGCUACUUGUGGUAGCGCGUCUGAUGCAGAAUCGGGCCUUGCUAGCAUCUGUCUGA